AUUAGUCUACGAAAAAUCAAAUCCAAUUUUUUGGUCUAAGUUCCAAUUUCCAAACCCUUUUUAUAGCCGAACCGAUAGCAGCGGUAAAAGACUUCACAGACUUCACCACACAACCACCCCUUCUUAGCUCUCUCUCUCUAGAACCAGUUCCAUUGAGAUUCAGAUUUCUCGCGCUUUCUCGGUAUUUUUAUGGAAAAAGGAUGGGGUCUCACACUUGAUUCUGACUCCCGCGGAUUCUUCCUUAAUAAUCAGCUACCAUCUGUGAUCGACCACACUAGUUCAAAACGAAAUAUCUUCUGUAACACUACUGAUUCACCUAAGACCAUGACUAUGUUCUCCGGCGUCGAGCUUUCAGCCGUUAGAUUUCCUCGCAGGGAAGAUCAGCUCUCCCUAACGAUGCCACCGCCUUCUUCCGACGAGAAUCGGGCCGCUGCCUCCGUGGUCGAUUUCUUCUCGGAGAAGAAUAGAACAGUCAACGAUCGCGAUGAUUCCAAAGCCGUUGCAGCUGUAAGCGUCAAGAAAGAGAGUUCCCAUGGUGAGGCCACUCCUGGACCUUCGAAUUUAAAUACUGGUUUAAAUUUGCAUCUUCGAACUGCCAAUACUGGAAGUGAUGAAUCAACGGUGGAUGAUGGUGUAAAAUCUGAUAUAGAGGAUAAGCUAACCAAAAACAAGAUGGUUCGUUUACAAGUAGAGCUCCAAAACAUGAAUGAUGAGAAUCAAAAGUUAAAAGAAAUGCUUGCUCAGGUGAGCAAUAAUUACAGUGCUUUACAAAUGCAUGUGGUUUCUAUUAUGCAACAACAACAACAACUACAACAGCAACAAAAUCAUAGAACCGACACUGCUCAGCUCAUACAACAUCAUCAGAUGAAUAAUAAUAAGGAUCAAGAAGUCAAACAUGAGAGACAAUUCCUUGAUUUGGGACCAAGUACUGCCACAGUAGAGACGACAGAUGAUCAAGUGUCUAACAACUCUUCAUCAUCAGAGGAGAGAACCCGUUCCGCAACACCUCAAAACAAUAAUAAUAUUGUACAAGAUGUGAAAUAUAAUAAUAGUACAACUACAUUAAAAGAUGGUAUCCCUUUUGAUAAUCAAGAUCACAGCUCUGCUAGUUAUAGAGAUUGUAAAAGGGUCAAUAGAGAUGAGAGCCCCGAAUCUGAGUCCCAAGGUUGGGCUUCUAAUAAUAACAAGGUUCCUAAGUUGAAUCAUCCUCCUUCCAAGCCCAUCGAGCAAUCUCCUGAUGCCACCAUGAGGAAAGCCCGUGUAUCAGUUCGAGCACGAUCAGAAGCUCCCAUGAUAACUGAUGGCUGUCAAUGGAGAAAAUAUGGUCAAAAAAUGGCCAAAGGGAAUCCUUGUCCUCGUGCCUAUUAUCGUUGUACAAUGGCUGUUGGAUGUCCCGUUCGCAAACAAGUUCAACGUUGUGCUGAAGAUCGAACCAUUUUGAUCACAACAUACGAAGGGAACCACAUCCACCCGCUCCCACCAGCUGCGAUGGCGAUGGCCUCGACAACCACUGCAGCAGCCAACAUGUUGUUGUCUGGUUCUAUGUCUAGUGCUGAUGGACUAAUGAACCCAAAUUUACUAGCUAGAGCCAUUCUUCCAUGCUCAUCCAACAUGGCCACAAUUUCAGCUUCGGCUCCAUUCCCUACAGUCACAUUGGACCUAACCAACAACUCCAACCCACUACAAAUGCUAAGAUCUCAACAAACCCAAUUUCAAGUUCCAUUAGGACAAUCCCAAAACUUCGCCACACCACACAAUGGUUUUGGACAAGGUCUAUACAAUCAGUCCAAGUUUUCAGGGCUUCAGCUCUCUUCAGCUGGAGGUCAAGAUAAUCAUAUGCAGAACGUUUCUUCAGCUGCCCAAUUACAAGCCCACCAAACUCAUCCGCAGCCUUCUUUGGCUGAUUCGGUCAGUGCAGCUACUGCUGCUAUCACAGCUGAUCCAAAUUUCACAGCAGCACUUGCUGCAGCUAUCUCCUCGAUCAUUGGAAAUAAUGGAAAUAAUCAGAAUAAUAAUAAUAUUAAUGCCGCUGGUUCCACUGCCAAUCCAAUUAGCAACCCAAACAACAACAACAAAAUGAUCAGCAACUUUCCCGGAAAUUAGAGAUUGUGUUUUCUAAUUGUUUCAGUUGUUCAUUAGGUUUUUUUAAUUUUCUUCUUCAUUAUUUUGUUCUUUUUUUGGUUUAAACGAGUACACAAGAUAAGAUAACAUGUUCAUAGGUUUUGUUGUUGUAAGGAUCUUGACGACCAAGUUCAUUCUUUCUUAUUGUUCAAUUUUGAAUAAUUUUUGUUCAAAAUUUUCAGUAAAUACACAGAAAUGGAGAAAGAAAAAAAAAACGCUAUUGUAUUAUUAGUCAA